AUGAUCGAUCCGGUGAUUUUCGAGAGUCUGCAGACAAAGAUUGACGAGGAGUCUGUCGUGAUCGAUGAGCUCCACGAGAUAGUCCAGACUCUUGCGAGAAAGGGCCGAACAACACAGGCAAUCCUCUCGCGGGCGCAUUCGACUCCUGCUAAAGACUUGAAGCCGGUUCUCGACGAAGCAGCGCAACAGAUCCUUGCACAGAAGGAAGAAGUCUCUCGGCUAAGCAAGGUCGCAAACCAACAUCCCUUCUACAAAUUCAACAAUGUGUGGUCCCGCGAGUUACAGAAUCUGGUGUAUUACAUCGAGUUAUGUGCCUGGUUAGGCGGAUUAUCAGAGUACAAGGAAUCGGCCAAGUCGUCGUUUCUGACCAUCGACGAGGUUGGAAAGUUUCUUGACGUCCCAGUCAAUCUCAAAGACGAAGACGCUUUCCACCUCACCAUCGAAGAAUACCUUCUCGCCCUGAUCUCCAUGGUCGAAGAACUCUCCCGUUUGGCAGUCAACUCAGUCACAUUGGGAGACUACGCGCGCCCGUUGGAAAUCAACUCGUUCAUCAAAGAUCUCUUCGCCGGCUUUCAGUUGCUCAAUCUGAAGAACGAUAUACUACGGAAGCGCAGCGAUGGGAUCAAGUACUCGGUCAAAAAGGUUGAAGACGUGGUUUACGAUCUGACCUUGAGGAAUCUAAUCCCAAAGGCUUGA